CGAUGAGGUGUACAUAACAUCACAUCGACUUUACAUAACAUGUAACUAGAUGUAUAUAUCUUUUGUAUCUCUCAUUCUAUUGGAUGUCUUAUGGAAAGAAGUUAACAACAGCACACCAUAUUGCGUUAGCCUCCCGGUACACCGAGAGAUGGUAUCAUGGAUGGUUUGACUUAACAACCAAUAGCUGUCUAAUAUCUCGUACUCCACCUUAGUAGUUUAUUUGGUUUGUUUUCUUCUGUCAAGUUUAAAGCCGUAUUCGUAUUGUAGCUUUAAAAAGAAUAGUUUCUCUUCGCUAACUUUAUAUUACUUUUUAACUGUUACUCACUUCUAAGGCAGUUGGAGACCAAGGACCCAGCACCCAUGGACUCAGACGUACGAGAAGACGAAGUGGCUCGCGAUGGCCAAACUGAGUCGACGCCAUUAUUAUCCAAUUCGCAACCGCCAGAAUCCGCAACCGGCGAUAGCUGGGGAUCGGAACUAUGGCUUCUUGUCCAGUACUCUCUUCCACUCAUAGCAACAUAUCUCCUACAAUAUUCUUACAGUAUUAUCACAACCUUCGUUGCGGGUCAUCUUAGUGCAGAUGCUCUCGCUGCUGCUAGCGUUGGGAUGACCACGAUGAACAUCGUGGGCUUCGCUACAGUCGAAGGCAUGGCUACUGCUCUCGAUACGCUGUGCGCCCAAGCUUAUGGUUCUGGCAACCUUUUAAAGGUUGGAUUACAUGUCCAGCGGAUGUGGCUCCUCAUGGUCUUAGCCAUCAUACCUAUUGGUGCUUUCUGGGUGGUUUCUCCAUGGGUGCUGUCCCUCUUCGUGAAGCAGCAUCAUUUGGCCGUCAUGGCUGGGGAAUUCCUGCGGUAUAGCCUGGUUGGCUUACCUGGAUACGCGUCCUUUGAAGCGGGCAAGCGGUUCCUCCAAGCUCAAGGAGAUUUUAGAGGGGCUAUGGUUGCCAUCCUUAUAUGCACGCCCGUCAAUGCGUUCCUCAGCUGGCUCUUUGCUUUCAAGCUUGGAAUGGGUCUCAAUGGUGCUGCGUUGGGAGCUGCUCUUACCAAUAACAUUCGCCCUGUCCUACUUCUUGCAUACAUCCUUUUACCAGCCGGGAAAUGGUCGCACCACUGCUGGGGCGGCUUCUCGAGGGAGGCACUCACUCAAUGGGGACCUAUGGUCCGCCUCUCCUUUGCGGGCACCGCCGUCAACUUAGGAGAAUGGGCCGCUUCCGAGCUUUUGACUUUUAGCACAUCCUACCUCGGAACGAACCACUUAGCGGCACAGUCGAUCUUAAUGACGGUAUCCGUGGUCUCUUGGCAUAUCCCCUUUUCAAUAUCAGUCGCGAUAAGUACGCGUAUCGGCCAUCUCAUCGGAGCCGGUAGCGUCGCGAAGGCCCGACGCGCCGCUGUGCUAUACGCCGUAGUAUGUGCGCUCGUUGGUAGCACUGACGGUUUGAUUAUUUUCUCUCUUCGCAACCAACUUGCCGGAUUCUUUUCAGAUGACCGUAUUGUCUGUGACCUCGUCUCCAAAACCAUGCUUGCCGUUGGUGUGUUCCAAAUUAUAGAUGCCAUCAUCUGCUGCACUAAUGGUAUACUCCGUGGGCUCGGGCGCCAGUCUGUGGCUGCUUGGGUGGUACUAAUAGUCAAUUAUAUAGCUACGGUCCCUGUGACAAUAUGGCUAGAGCUAGGAUCUCCAGGAUUGAAGUUGAAUGGUGUCUGGAUUGGGCUUGGCAGCGGCAUGGUGCUGAUUGCUAUCAUCGAGGGGCUCUAUAUGAAGACCUUGAGAUGGCAAGAUUGUGUAGCUAGCGUAAAGCUAAGGGAGGGUUUGUAGUUGAAGAUUUACACCAGCAGGGUUCAACCCCCUUUAAAUGUAUCACUUCAACAAUAGGGCAUAGAAGACAUGGGGAAAGAAAAUUCAAGUCUUGUAUAUAAUAAUAAACCUCUACUACGAUGAGUAUAUACAUGUUACAUAUACCCUCAUAUCGUAGGUGAAUAGGUAACGAUAUCUAACGAUGCAUUG